UCGUCGAAUCCGGUGAACACGUCUCUUAAAUAGAGCAGCCUCAUACCGGUUCAUUUCAAGCAAUUUGCAUAAUCAUUUUAUGGAUUCUAAAUUAAAAAAAAAAUAUAUAUACAAAAUAGGGCAAUUUUAAGGGCACGUUUUUGUUAGUAAAUUAGUAUCCCAUCAGUGAAUCUGAAUAUGAACUUGUUAUCGAUGUGCAUUAUUUGAUUUGAAAAGACGUAAUCUCUGGAAAGUCUCAGCGGCGCUAGCUGUUUUGAUACAUUUUUAUCAUCUCACUAAAUCAGCAGCCAGCGAGAAAAAUCGUCUAAACCUUCUAUAACAUACCUACAUACAAUUGCAGUCUAGUUUAUAGACCUUGCGUGCAGUUCAAAACGUCUUAAUUCGUUUUUAUAUUUUAUGUUAUUUUUUUUCAUUCGUUAUACCUACGCGAAAUUGAAGUCUGAAAGCUAAUUGUUUUUUUUUCGCAUCUAAAGUGAACGUGUUUAUCAAUUAGCUUGUAAAAACAAACAAACCAAAAGAUUUCUUUGAACCCGUGUUAUACAAUUCGAAGCGAAAGCAGCGUAGGGGUUGAAAUAAUUUGUCUUUCGAACGGUCAUCGUCACCACUGUAGCUAUUUUUGCUGUGUUUUUCCCACCCCCCAACACAAUCGUAGACCUAGUUUCUGUGUUUUAAUAGUAAAAGUUUUUUUUCCGAAACUUAAAAAAAAAAACUAGGAGGAAAAUAUAUUCAGAAUCCCCCAUCGUCAUAUGGCCCACCACCCCCUUGUUUACCCUAUGUCCAUAGACAGCGUCAUCCCCAUGCUACACAUCAAAUAUGAAGUUUAUUAGAGCACCUUGUGUUGUGUAAUCCAUUUUAUUGUAAACUUGUGUGCGUGUCAAGUUUUCUCUCUGCUCUCUUUUAUCUCUCGUGUUCUCUCACUCUCUUUAUAACUGUUUGUGUUCUCUCCCGUGGCCGUGUCUGGUAUUCAAAAAAUAAAAAAAAAAAAAUAAAUAAGGACACACAGGUAGAAAAACUCAUAUCCUUGACGGCGGCAGCAGCGGCGGGCUUCCUGAUCCUGAUCGAAAUGGUUUAUUAUCAUCAGCGUGUCGUGUAGUCAUAGUCGAUGAUGUUAUCAAGCUAAGAGGAGUUUUGAAAGAGGUGAAAAGUGAAUAAUUUCGAUUCUAGUGAUACAAUUUUGAAAUACAAAAAUUUCAACAAAAAAUGGUUAAAAUAAUUCUUAUUGACCAUUAAAAAGUGUUUCGAAAAUUUAGGAAACCAUUAAUGUGAAUUUAUUUUUGAAAUAAAAGCGAAAUUUUUGAAAAUCAAAAUAUUCGUAUGUGGAAGAUAUUUAUUGUUAUUGCAGAUACACACGUUUGCUAUUUCACAUUCAACAGAUUCAUUUGAAGUUUUUUAAUUAAAAAAAAAAUUUUCUACAAAAUCAAAUUUGAAAAAAAAACUUGUCUUCAACAACUUUUUAAGUUCCUAUUUAUGUUGUCCCCCCAAAACAAGACAAAACCAUAUCAUCAACAAAAAAACUCCAAGAAUUAAAAUCCUAUCUCUCCCAUUCAAAAUCCCCAUGAAUGAAACUGAAUGAACUCCCCGACUGACAAUUGUUAGAUGAUGCAGUCAAAUCAAAAUGACAGAGAACCUCUCAAAACCAACAGCAUCAGCAGCACAACAAGCUACCGAAUCACCACCAACAUCAUCAGCAAAUACAAUCCUUUCCACAUCAACAACAACAACAACUCCAUCCAAACCCACCACCACCGGCGAUAGUGAAAAACCCGAAUUAGAAGUUGAAAUACGUCGGCUAUCUAAUGGACUGCAUAAUGGAAAUUCAAAAUGUCACAACUCUGCAGCUGCCACAGAGAUGGAAAUAGUAAAUACGAUACCAAAAAUUGUAGACUCUUCUUCUUCGUCUGCAACACCACCACCACCACAAAGCAAUAGUAGAGAAUUUGGGGAUGAAAAUGAAGACGAAUGGUCAGUAACGUCCAAAAACAAACACAAAAGAAUGGGUAGUGUGUCAGUGAGUUCACCGACCCGAGGUCAUUUGUCUCCGAUUUCAAUAAAUCUGCCAUCAACAGAUGGCAAUACAAGCGGCACAAAUAGUCCAGCGAUUAAUAGUCGACCGGUAACGGUGCAAGAUGUCGAUGAGGUGGCCAAGUUGUUUGAAGAGAAGCCAGAGGCUUUUGAGAAAUGGCUGACGGAAAGAGCUCCAGCUGAAGCUUUGUUAAGACUGCAACAAUUCAUUGAAAGCCGAAAGCCAGCCAAACGGCCUUCGGUAACAUCAGAUUUAUUUCAACAAUGGAUGCAAACUCCACCAAUUCAGAAAUGCCGGUCGUCCUCGUCGGUUGUUGGAUCUAUCAUCGAUAGCCGACGGCAUCUAAUGGAUCUGGAUGAAGGUGAACUGUUUAUGGAAUUGAUUCGUGAUGUGGCCAAUGAAUUGGAUAUUGAUAUCCUUUGCCAUAAGAUUCUGGUCAAUGUUGGUUUACUCACACACGCCGACCGGGGAUCAUUGUUUCUGGCCAAAGGAGGGCCAAACAAUCGAUAUUUGGUGGCGAAGUUAUUCGAUGUCACACAAACUACAGCCCUGCGGGAAGCAGUCACCAAAGCGAGAUCUGAGGAAAUCAUUAUCCCAUUUGGUGUGGGCAUUGCCGGUACAGUUGCCCAGACAAAAGAGAUGAUUAACAUCAAGGAAGCCUACAAGGACUCACGUUUCAAUUGUGAAAUUGACUUAAAAACUGGCUACAAAACGAACACGAUACUCUCGAUGCCAAUUUGCAACUAUGAAGGCGACAUAAUUGGCGUUGCUCAAAUUAUCAAUAAGACAAAUGGUUCAUUGGAAUUCGAUGAGCACGAUAUUGAGAUAUUUCGACGAUAUUUGACAUUCUGUGGUAUUGGCAUUCAAAAUGCACAGCUUUUUGAAAUGUCCGUCCAGGAAUAUCGCCGAAAUCAAAUACUUUUGAAUUUGGCCAGGAGCAUUUUCGAGGAACAAAAUAAUUUGGAAUGCCUGGUAACGAAAAUUAUGACUGAAGCUAGAGAGCUGCUCAAGUGCGAACGGUGUUCGGUGUUUUUGGUGGAUUUGGAUUGCUGUGAAGCGAGUCAUUUGGAGAAAAUUUUAGAAAAACCAAAUCAAAUCAUGUCAACAGCAAGACGAUUUAGCAAUAACGUUAAUGUAGAAGAAAUAUUAAAAGAGCAGCAAAACUCACGCACUCGUUUCACAGUCCUUUUUGAAUUGGGUGCGGAAAACCAAUCGGCCAACAUAUCCCGACCAUCGGUAAAUGAUUUAAGCAACUCAACUCUGGCCCAAAUAGCACAGUAUGUGGCAACAACUGGCCAAACUGUGAACAUAUCGGAUGUAAGGGAAUGGGUGCGGGACCACAAUAAAAUACACAGCGAGGGUGAAAUCGAUUGUACUAAGGCAAUUUUAUGCAUGCCAAUUGUGAAUGCCCAAAAGAUUGUAAUUGGCGUUGCACAGCUUAUAAACAAGGGAAACGGUUUACCAUUCACUGACUCGGAUGUCUCAAUUUUCGAGGCGUUUGCUAUUUUCUGCGGACUUGGUAUCCAUAACACGCAAAUGUAUGAGAAUGCAUGCAAAUUGAUGGCCAAGCAGAAAGUCGCCCUCGAAUGCCUUUCGUAUCAUGCUACAGCUAGUCAGGAUCAAACAAGCAAAUUGGUUCAGGACACUGUGGCCAGUGCAGAAGCGUACAGCUUGUACAGUUUUAAAUUUAUCGAUUUUGAACUGAAUGACGAUGACACGUGUAAGGCGGUGCUGAGAAUGUUCUUGCAGUGUAAUUUGGUUCAACAGUUUCAGAUUCCCUAUGAUGUCCUUUGUCGAUGGGUGCUAAGUGUUCGUAAGAAUUACCGUCCUGUUAAGUAUCACAAUUGGCGACACGCCUUAAAUGUGUCCCAAACCAUGUUUGCCAUGCUCAAAACUGGCAAAAUGGAACGCUUUAUGACUGAUUUAGAGAUAUUAGGUUUAUUGGUGGCAUGUCUGUGUCAUGAUUUGGAUCAUCGUGGAACAAAUAAUGCAUUUCAGACAAAAACCGAAAGUCCUUUGGCGAUAUUAUAUACAACUAGCACAAUGGAACAUCAUCAUUUUGAUCAGUGUGUUAUGAUAUUGAAUUCUGAAGGAAAUAAUAUUUUUCAGGCACUUUCACCGGACGAUUAUCGAUCGGUUAUGAAAACUGUUGAAAAUGCUAUUCUAUCAACGGAUUUGGCAAUGUACUUCAAGAAACGAAACAGUUUUUUGGAAUUAGUUGAGAAUGGAGAAUUCGACUGGCAGGGUGAAGAAAAAAAAGAACUGUUAUGUGGAAUGAUGAUGACAGCCUGUGAUGUGAGCGCUAUUGCUAAGCCUUGGGAAGUGCAGCAUAGAGUGGCAAAGCUGGUUGCAGAUGAGUUUUUUGAUCAAGGUGAUUUGGAAAAAUUGCAGUUGAAUACGCAGCCUGUGGCAAUGAUGGACAGAGAACGCAAGGACGAAUUACCAAAAAUGCAAGUUGGCUUUAUUGAUAUCAUUUGUCUGCCAUUAUACCGUGUAUUGUGUGAUGCCUUUCCAUGGAUAACACCAUUGUACGAAGGGACAAUGGAAAAUCGACGUAAUUGGCAGGAUCUGGCGGAAAAAGUCGAAAUGGGUUUGACAUGGAUCGACCAUGAUACUAUCGAUAAGCCCGUUGAAGAAUUUGCAGCUUGCAAGGAAGAGGAAAUAAAGGAUAUUGAAUUCACAGUUACAACGCUAAACUGUCAACAUGCCAGCGGUGGUGAAUCAAAUGACACAUCAACACCUGAACACCGUGGAUCGCGAUUUAGCAGCAUGAAAAAGACCGGAGCACUUGGCAAAGUGGUUCGUUCCAAGCUUAGCAAGACCUUGUACAAUAGCAUGGAUGGAGCAAAGCCAAAAACACCCCUAAAACCACUCUUGGAUAUUCAACCAACUGACAUAACGUCGUCUAAGGACUCUAAACUGUCAUCUCAUGAUUCAACAAAUGCAGACAAGAGUCCCACAAGUCCACAAUCAUCAAACCAAAUGCCUGACAAGUCAAAGAAGCGCUCAAAGCUGUGUGCGCUUUUGUGACGAAAACCGUCCAAUUAGAAUUUAAAACACCCAUCUUCAGGUAACGCAACAUAGUAUGCGCCCUGGAGUUGGGCUUUUUUAUUGUGAAAAACAAAAAUUCUAAUUGGUUUAAAUUUUUAUCACAAAACAAACAAAAAAGCAGAAAUGCGAUGUUGUAUGUGUACAGGAGCAAAUUUGUAGACUCGUGUAAAAGUAGAUAAAGAGGUUUCCUCAAGCAACAGGUAGGUUUACUGUAACACGCCGCGCUCUGCCGCCGGAUUAUUAUCUUUUUGUAAUAGUUUAAUUCUUUCGUGUUGACUUGACUUGACUUCAUCGUAUAGUCAUGAUCUUCGCUGCCUUCAUCGUUAUCGGCGUUAUUAUUUAGUCCUUGAAGAAGGUUAGUGAUUGUUUUCACUGUUAGCUUCUUUGUUUCAAGUUUACGAAACUUGUUAACCCAAAAAGUUGCUUUUUCCGUCCUUUCUCAGUCAGUGUUUACCUCUGGAAAUAAUAAUCUUUUAGCUUUUCGUGGUUAAGACUGCUGGGGGUAUAUACAUGUAUCGCAUGAACCAGUACCUGUUGAAACACAAAAUCUACGCUAGAGGGGUUAUCAUACAGAAAGUUUUGGUUUUUUUUUUUUUUUUUGUUGAAAACAAUUUUUUUUUCGCUAUUUUUGUUUUUGUUAAUUAAAUGAGAUUACAAAUUUGAGUUGUGUGUUUCUUAAUAUGAGCAACACAUGCUGUGUUCUGAUAAUAACAAAAAAAAAAAAGGAAUGUGUGUGGUGUAUUUGAAUUAACAUGGUUUAAUAUUGAUUAAAUUAACCUUUUUGUUACAAAAAAAUAAAUUAAUUUAUGUAUUUUUGAGGAAGAAAAAAUUAUAUUGUGAGAAAUCUAGGAUAGAGGUUUUUUUUUGGUUUAAGGAAUUUACGAAAGAAUGUUGAACUACGCGCCGCAGGUGUUUUUGCACGUAUACAUGAAUGAAUGUUUUUUUGAUAAAAGCUUCAUUUUUUGUUAAAUUUUCUUUGAAGGUAAAGAUGAAAGGUUAGGUACAAUUUUGUUUUAAUUUCUCACAAAGCAAGGCCUUAUAAAGGUGAAAUUUUUACCUAGAUAUAGUACCUUGCCUAUGUUAAACCAGGGUUGUAAAAAUAUCAAU